ACAAAAUUCCGAAAACCCUAACUAGUUGUAACUUAAUUUACCUUGGAGCUAGAGGUUCGGGUUUUUCUUCCUCUCUCACGGAUUUUCGUAUUGCUUCAACGGAUGGUAGCAGAGUUACUCCUUUUUGCACACCCUAUAUUUUUUUUUGAUGAUAUCGCAAGUUAUCCUUGAGCUGCUGUAGUUUAUUUUUCCCUUGAUAAAAAAAUUGAUUGUGGAGCUGGAGUUCCAACUUUUGGUUCUUCUCAAUUGCUCGGUGUGCAUGAUGGAACAACCUCAGUCAUGUUGCAAGGGGGCUGAAGUGUUGCUAAAUCUCCAGCCCAGCUCCUCAGUUACCAUUCAAUAUCAUCCGCACUUUGGUCCUCAUGAUGAUUUGAUUCUACUUGAGCUUGAUGAGAAAUUUCUUCCUGAUGUCCUGUACCAAAGGGUAACCUUGAGAGGACAGCCUGAUGAAGAUGCAGUUCUUUGCACCAAGUCAAAAACUUACUCAGUUAAGUUUGUUGGAACCUCAAACUCCGUGUUCCUUGUACCACCUGCGGAUUAUUCAACAUUGCAUGAAAAUCAGCAAGAUUGUGAUGGGGAAAAUUACAAGCAAAAAGUUUCUGCAUCAAUCAUCAAAGUUGCACCUGGAAACAUGGAGCUUGUUGAGGUUGCUCCCAGAAUUGAUAAGCUCAAAUUGAUUCUCUCUGAGAAUCUUUAUGGCUCUGAUGAGGCAUUGGCAAUGGAGGAUUUGGAAUUUACGGAAAGAAGCAGGAAAAGAUUGCAUAAAUGGGAUGAUCUCAUAAACGAGGUUCAGGCUAGUGACGAUGAAUUGAAGACUGGAUUGCAGGCUCUUUCAGCUGUGGAGAUUGAUGGGUAUUGGAGAAUUGUGGAUGAAAAAUAUAUGGAUGUGAUUCUUAGGAUGCUUUUGCACAAUUCUGUGUUGAAUGACUGGUCACUGAACGCUCUUAUUGAAGAAAAAGUUGUGAGUGUGCUGGAAUCAGAUGGGUUUCCGUGUAAACUUGCAUACCAUUGUUUGAAUGUCUAUGGCAGUAGGGUGGAGGAGACCAUGGAUGGAGGUGUCUGGAUGCUGGAUGCAAGAAGAGUAUGUGUGCAUUUUGCAAGGAGGAUCUUAAGAGAAGGAAAGAGGAAGUUUGAGAGUUUCAUGGAAGAGUGGUUGCGGAUGAUUCCAGAAGAGAUGCAGCCGAGUUUUGAUAUGUUGGAAGGCGAAGUGUUGACUGAGAAGCUUGGUGUAGAGACAUGGGUUCAUGCCCUGAGUGUUUCCUCGUUGCCCUCAACUCCUGCAGAACGUUUUUCCAUCCUUUUUAAAGAGCGAUCAAAAUGGGAAUGGAAAGAUUUAGAGCCCUACAUCAGGGAUCUAAAUGUACCCGGGCUUUCAUCGGAAGCUUUGCUUCUGAAGUACACUCGAAAAUCUCAACCAAGAAUUGAUGCAGAACCUGUUUUUAGUGCUAGAUAAUUGAUAGGCAUGGAAUUCCGAGGUGCCAUUAUUGUGGUUUCGUGUUGGUAUUCUUUUGUUGGUGAAAAUACCUACUUGUAUGAAGUAUGAAAUGCCAGAAGCAACUUGAUUUUAGUGAGAUAGUCAUUAGUAUUGUGUAAUCAAGACUAUGGGUUCCUGCUUGUUCUAGUUUGUGGCAAGCAAGGCGACAAUUAUCCUUCUCAUCGGUAUCCAAUGACUAUAAUAAUCUUGAUCAUAUGUUAA